ACAAGCCAAUAACAUGCUUCUACUCAUCACACUACUUCUCACCACCACCACCACCACCCACUCCCACCACCUCCGGCCGGCGGUGCCGCCCAUCGCUACCAAACAACCGCCACCGGAAAACCAAACCGAAGACUCCAAGCAGCUCUGCUGGCAGUGCACCGGCGAGCCGGCGCAAUUCCUCUACGGCCACAACCUCGUCCGGGCCCGGAAAAUGGAGCCGCCGUUGGCGUGGGACCCGCAGCUCGAGCGCUACGCCAAGUGGUGGGCCGGGCAGCGGCGCGCCGACUGCGCCCUCGAGCAUUCCUUCCCGGACGGCGACUUCAAGCUCGGCGAGAACAUUUAUUGGGGCGGCGGCGCGUCGUGGACACCGGCCGAUGCUGUGCGCGCUUGGGCCGACGAGGAGAAGUAUUACGAUUACCGGAGUAAUAGCUGCGUCGGCGGAGAAAUGUGCGGCCACUAUACGCAGAUCGUGUGGCGGGCGACUCGACGGGUCGGGUGCGCCCGGGUGGUUUGCGACUCCGGUGACGUGUUUAUGACUUGUAAUUAUUAUCCGCCGGGAAAUUAUAUCGGCGAGAGACCGUAUUAAGUAUGGUUCUAAAUCUUUUGUUAUUAUUUCUAUUUUGGGAUAGUUGAAUUUUUUUUAAAA